UUUCUAAGGGAACUUCCGUCGAACAGAUUACGAACGUUAAGAUCUUCCGAACUCUCGCAAGUUACUUGUGGAUGAAAGAUAACUAUGAAUUCCGUAUCAGGGUCAUUGCUGCCUUGGGCUUCUUGGUUGGGGCUAAGGUUCUCAAUGUUCAAUUGCCUUUCCUCUUCAAGCUUGCUGUGGAUUGGUUGAGCUCAGCUACUGGCAAUGCUACAGCACUUGCUUCUUUCACUGCCGCCAAUUCAACCCAGUUGGCUCUUUUUGCAACUCCUGUUUCGGUUUUAAUUGGAUAUGGGAUUGCACGCACGGGUGCUUCUGCUUUCAACGAAUUACGGACUGCUGUGUUUUCUAAAGUAGCACUGCGAACAAUCCGAUCAGUGUCUAGGAAGGUCUUCUCUCAUUUGGAUGACCUUGAUCUUCGGUAUCAUCUUAGUCGAGAAACCGGCGCACUAAAUAGGAUAAUUGACCGUGGUAGCCGUGCAAUAAAUUUUAUUCUAUCGUCUAUGGUGUUCAAUGUUGUGCCCACCAUCUUAGAGAUAUCUUUGGUUUCAGGUAUACUGGCUUACAAAUUUGGAGCACAUUUUGCAUGGAUCACUUCACUAUCAGUUGCUGCAUAUGUGGCAUUUACAUUGACUGUCACACAGGUCAUAAUCAAAUCUUGA